GUGGUUGUGUCUGCUAUAAGGCACGCAUAGACAGGGCAGACAGGAGCAAUUCUGUCGUCAAUACAUUAGGGGAAAAAUCGGGUGUGGAUUGACUUAACUUUUAUUUUUAAAGAACCAUGGCCGAAAGAGACAUGGAAUCUAGUACAGGAAAAAUGAAAGCAGAAGCAUCUAAUGGCUGUGGAGACCAUUGCGAUGGACACCAUCACUCCAACGACGGGGGUGCCAAAUCAAAAGACAAAAAGAAAAAAGGAAAAAAUGUAAAAAAUCAUUUGUCCAAAGAUGAUGGAGAGGAGAUGUCUUUGCCGCCUGCUAGUCUUCAAGACUUGAAAAAAGCCAUGGAGUUGCUUUCGUUGACCCACAGUCAAGGUGCUGUCAAAACGACUGAAGAUGCUAUGGCCAAACAGUAUGAAUUUUGGAGCACUCAACCCGUUCCAAAAAUUAAUGAAGAUAUUACUGUCAAUGAACCAAUUGAGCCGGACACACCUUUUACAGAAAUUCGUCCUGAGCCAUAUACAUUACCACAGGGUUUUGUGUGGGAUACUUUGUCAUUAGACAAUCCACAGACAUUGCAAGAAUUGUACCAACUUCUUAAUGAGAAUUAUGUAGAAGACGACGAUAAUAUGUUUCGGUUCGAUUAUUCGGCUGAUUUUCUUUUAUGGGCUUUGAAACCGCCUGGCUGGUACAAGGAUUGGCAUUGUGGCGUUCGAGCAGAGAAAUCGGGAAAGCUUUUGGGUUUCAUAUCUGCAAUCCCAGCCACCAUUCGAAUAUAUAAUCAUACCCAGAAAAUGGUGGAGAUUAAUUUUCUUUGCGUGCACAAGAAGCUUCGCUCGAAAAGAGUGGCUCCCGUCCUCAUUCGUGAGAUUACACGACGCGUCCAUUUGAAGGGAAUAUUUCAAGCCGUUUACACGGCCGGUGUUGUGUUGCCUAAACCGGUCAGCACUUGCAGAUACUGGCACCGUUCUCUGAAUCCCAAAAAGCUGAUCGAUGUCAAAUUUUCGCAUCUGGCGCGUAAUAUGACAAUGCAACGAACAUUGAAACUUUAUCGCCUACCAGAAGAGACGAAGACUCCUGGAUUCCGUACUUUGGAACUCAAGGACAUUGAGCAGGCUUAUCGAUUGCUCAACACGUAUUUGAACAAGUUCCACUUGGCGCCGUGUUUCGACGAAGAGGAUUUCCGCCACUGGUUUUUCCCCAGGCCCGGCAUCGUGGACUGCUACGUGGUGGAGAACGACGGUAUCAUCACCGAUCUGGUGAGCUACUACACGUUGCCAUCGACGGUGAUGCAUCACCCGGUUCACAAGUCGCUCAAAGCGGCCUACUCGUUUUACAACGCAUCGUCGACGACGCCGUGGAAUCAGCUGAUGAGCGACGCUCUGGUCACGGCCAAAAACGCCGGAUUCGACGUCUUCAACGCCCUGGAUUUGAUGGAGAACAAGACGUUUUUAGAACCGCUCAAGUUCGGUAUCGGCGAUGGCAAUUUGCAUUACUAUCUCUACAACUGGCGCUGUCCGGACAUGCCCUCAAACUCUGUCGGCCUGGUCCUUCAGUAACAAAAUUUCAAGCAAAAGAAACAAGUUUGGGGGUCAUCCAAACGAAUCAGAAAAAAAUGGACGUAAGGAAUCCUUUUUUUCUUCGUUCGAUUAUUAUUUUCAUUUUUAAGUUGAUUGAAUAGAAGGAACCCCCAAUUUCUUUUU